CACGCGCAGCUUUCGCAACUUGGGAAAAAGUUGAAUCUUGGAAUUGGGAAAACAGGCCGUUUCAGGCACUCUGUUUCUAGCAGUUGCCAGAAACGAACGAGUAAAGCAAAGUGUGCCUGUGGAAAACCUUGGGAUGGCGCCAGUGUUUUUCAUGUGCAUCAUGUUUAGCGCGAAUCGUCCUAGUGCUGAUGACGUCAGCUGCGGCGUUUCCGCAGAACAGCCCUUCCCGUAUUGAGGCGCAGGCCCCUCCCAUCCCAAUUGCAUUCGCACCCCCCUAUGUACCGGCCCCCAUAUACGGGGCACUUCCAGUCCCAGCUGAGCAAUCUUCGUCUUCCAUCCUUACUACUCAAUCGCCAGCUCCUACACCCCCUGUACAACCUGAAGGGUCUCUUUCAUCCCCAGCCCCUGUGCUCGAUGACAGAGUUCCAAUUCGACAGUCAGAAGGGAUGACUGAUGUCCCUGACAAUUGGGUAGCCAUCCCGAAGGGAAGCAACCAGAUCGUGCUGGCCCCAGGGACGAUUAUCAGCCUCAGGGACAAGUGGGGACAAUUCUCUCAUGGGUUCUCCGACAGGAGUGGAACAGCGGUCAGUGAACAGGGAAUCCUAAACACCAAUGACGACGCGGAGUCGGUGAUAGUGAAGAGAGGCUUUUACUCCUACAUAAGCCCAGAAGGAACACGCAUAACUGUCAGCUACGUUGCGGACGAAAACGGCUUCAGUGCCAAGGGCGACCAUAUCCCAUCUUAAUAGCAACUGGUUAUUGGAAGUGACGUCAUUAUGCUCACAAUACCGUAAUCGACAGUUCGUACGGAACACCGUGUACAUAGGAUUCAAUACUAUUUUGAUAAAAGAUGAUUGGAUGCUUCAAAGACAACGUAUUGUAUCUGUAUUGUUCCGUUCUAUGAAAAGGUAACAUUUAAAAAGACAUUCAUUUCUCUCUACUGUGCGCUAGCCUCUUUGAAACACUGGCUCCUUAAUCGAAAUGGAAAUUUUAUCAGAUUUAAAGUAUUUUUUUCUAAGUAAUUACAAGUUCCACAGAGAUGAAACUGCUGAUUUUAUUUAUACUGAUCAUUGAUCUACAGGGUGAUUCUAAAUUAUUGUCGGAGUCUUCGUGGUCUAUAAUUUUCAAAACGGAAAUAAAAAAAAUAAAACUGACUAUGGAAUAAGUUAAAAAAGUUCUAUUAUGCAUAGAAUUAAUAAUGAAGUUACACUUUCAUAUUCCGUAAGAAAUUUUAUUUCGCUGUUUCCGGUUUGAAAAUUAUAGUCCAUAGAAACCCAGACAAUAAUUUAGAAUCACAUAAUACUUCUAAAUAUAUAUCCAAAAUAAUGUAUCUAAGUAUCCUCCUGCAUUAAUGUAUUUACUUGUAUGCGGCCGAAACAUGUAAUGAUAGAAAAGUAGGCCAAGACAACAUGCUGCAUUUGAGACGGAAAAAUGUGUA